CAAAAGUGGGCCACUAUGUCACUUUCACAGCAGGUUCUGGUGAAUUAUGAAUACAAAUACAUUGCUCGAGAUGGCAGAGAGGUGUCCAUCAAACCCAACGAACACUACAUCCUAGUUGCCAAGACUAAUGAAACUUGGUGGCACGUUCAGAGGGAUGAGACUGACAAGCCUUUUUUCAUCCCAGCAACCUAUGUGACCGAACUCCCACCUGAGACCAACCAAACUCCACUGGACCCUCCGGAAGAGUUUAGUGGAAGUGAAUACCUCAAGUCCACCUCAGAGACAGCUCCUGAUAGUCUUCCCAUCAUCAUUGAGCCCACUGAAGUCACACUCCGAGUCCCUGCCUCUAUAAAACGAGACACGGAGAAGGAUGGCCAUAGAAUAUCAACGUAUAUUAUUCCAAAGGAAUUCUUUGAACCAAAAGGUUUGGAUCCAGAUCCCAUAAAGACUGAAGCAGAGACCGGUCCUGUGCCUGAACUCCAGAUCUAUGACACCAUUAAAGACAAGCCUUCCAACCCUGCUUCUCCAACUAAUGGGGAAGCACCACCCUCUAUCAUACUGCCACCUCUCCAUACAGUUAACACACCUCAAUCCUCUAAAAUGGAGAUAAAAUCAACUGUAAAUGCAACAGAAAGGCCUCGGAUGGACUCGAAGGCCCUGGAACAAGAUAUUCAGAUGCUCAAUAGAGCUGGCUGGGGUGACGUCUGGAACGCCAUGAAUAAAGACGAGAAUGUUUAUGAGAGUUUGGAUACAGUAAGAGAACCUGAAGCCUCAAAAGCCGAAAAUGAUAUGACUGUAAUGCCCGUCACACCAGAUAAGAAUAUGGCAGAGGAUGACAACACUCUCACGGCGGUGUACGUAAACCUCCCCCAGGUGCGUCGGAGUAUCCCUGACCCCUCCAGUAUCGUCGCUUCUCCAGUACAGGAAUUCCCAGACCCUCCCGAUACCCUUCUGUUAGACUCUGCGGGAUGGGAGAUCCAUACUGACGACCAGAGCGGGCAAGUUUACUACUACCAUCCCUCUACGGGCCGCAGCACCUGGGAGUAUCCGCUCAGCUACUCCAUGGAGUCAUCAGUGGGGACGGAGGAGGCCCGUUCUCCUCCCUCGUUCCCCCAGUCUCCCGUCAGCUCGCCCUUAGUCCCUUCUCCUCAGAGGUGGAGCUCGGACUGGGAGAAGGUGCUGGAUGAGAAUACUGGCAGGCAUUACUUCUUUAACCCCGUGUCGGGUCAGAGUUCCUGGGAUCCCCCGGAGGACAUCACCUCACCAGGGCAGUUUCUGGAAGAUUACCCGCCUCCGCUUCCUGAGGAAGACUACCCAGCAUCUCCAGAUCUGGAGGAAGAAGCAUCUCCUCUCUCAAUGCCAGCAGAGUAUUGUUUGAUUCAUGUGAAGAAAGUCUCAAUCCCCAGGGCCGGUCUGGAUCACAGCGUCCCACCAGGCUGGACCCUCAGCAUGGACCCUGAAGGGGUUUGGGUCUUCACGAGCGACUACACGCAGGAGCAGUGGAUCAAGUCGCUAGACGAUCGAGGACGGACGUAUUACUACCUUCGAGACGGCAGCAAGUCACAGUGGAACUUACCUGAGUACUCUGGAAGUCCAGGACAGUAUGGAGUGGGAAAUGGGGCCUCGGUAGAGCAGGAUACAAUGGGGUCCAAGCAGAACUGGAGGCACAGUGCAGGAUACCAGGAAGAUAAAAGUCACUCAUCAUAUCCUCAGCAUAUAUUGGAAAGCGACAUCUACAGCUCUCCUGAGAUGCCACAUAAUGUUUCAAACUUGGAAAAGGCUGGAAUCCUGAACAAAACUAAGGUGUCUGAAAACGGGAAGAAAAUUAGGAAGAACUGGAGUCAUUCCUGGACGGUUCUCCAUGGAGGAAUACUGACAUUCCAUAAGGAUCCAAAGUCACCAGCUGGAGCAUCGGGCAAAACAAAUCAGAUAGUCCCAGAAUUCACAGUGGACCUGAAAGGGGCAACAAUUAACUGGGCACCCAAGGACAAAUCAAGCAAGAAAAAUGUUUUGGAGCUGAAGAGUCGGAUUGGCGUGGAGUACCUGAUCCAGUACGACACUGAGAGCAUCAUCACGGACUGGUAUAAAAUCAUCACAGACACCAUACGCCAGCUGGAUCUGCGUCAGGAUCCGGAACAGCACCACUCUGACGAUGAGGAGGAAGUCGUUGAGAAGUCCUCAAGCGUAGACAGAGAGGACAGAGCCUUCGACAAAAGAACUAUGAGCAAUGCAUCUCGUCAUCCUUCAUCUACUUCGACAUCUGAAGCAGAUCAGAAGAAGGUCCGUACCAAACUGAAGAAGCUUCUCCUCAAGCGGCCCACCCUGCAGUCGGUCAAAGACAAAGGAUAUAUCAGAGAAAAUGUAUUCGGAUGUCACUUGCACAAUCUUUGCAGCCAAGAAAAGACGAGAGUGCCCAGCUUUGUGGAGAACUGCAUCCGGACAGUAGAGAAAAGAGGUCUGGGGAUCGAUGGACUCUACAGAGUUAGUGGGAAUUUGGCAGUCAUCCAGAAACUGCGUUUCAAAGCAGAUCAUGAGGAUCUGGACCUGGAGGAGGGGAACUGGGACAUCCAUGUGAUCACAGGAGCGCUGAAGCUCUUCUUCAGAGAGCUGCAGGAGCCUCUCUUCCCUUACAAUCUCUUCAAUGAUUUCAUCAAUGGCAUCAAAAUCCCUGAUUAUUACAAUAAAAUAGCACACAUGAGAAAUGUGGUACGGUCUUUGCCACUACCCAACCGUGACACAAUGGAGGCCCUCUUCAGCCAUUUACGCAAGGUUAUUCAACAUGGUGAUGAGAACAGAAUGACUGUGCAGAACGUGGCUAUCGUUUUCGGCCCAACGUUACUCAAACCGGAGGUGGAGACAGCAAACAUCGCCACUUACAUGGUCUUCCAGAACCAGAUUGUAGAAUUCUUACUCAAUGAAUUUGAGUCGAUCUUCCACAUGUGAUUGACAUGAACUUGCACUGAAUACAAAACCCACUCAAAUGCUGGAGAUGACUGUGCAAAACUGAUCUCAGUCCAGUGAGAGGGACAGUAUGUAACAGAUCUGUGAAGAAAAGCCUCCAAAUGGCACAUUUUGCAGCAGGUUAUGAAUAGAAAUGCUACCGAAAUCUAGAACAGUAGCAUCUAUGAUUAAUAUAUUAAUAUCACUGAAACGUUUUACAUGAGCAGUUUAAAUGUUGGCCAAUAAGGGCAAUACACAUUUUAAAACUGUAUAGCUAAAAUGUAGUUUAAAAUAAUGAGUUAUGUUUCCUUUUAGACUUAAAGAGAGCUGCAUCACAGGACGUUAUGUAAGAAUAUCAGUGAGCUUUCAUUUUAAAUAGUUUUCAGCUACUCCUGGUUUUUCUUGCUACAGAAAGAGCAGGUCAGUUAAAUAAUAAUUUAGUUUAACUUUGCUUUCCUGUGGUCUUUUGUCUUUCUGUAGAGUCGUGCAAAACACUGCAAGUUUUUACCCUAUUUGUUUGGAUUUGCAAUGUGAUAAUAGGUGAAUAAUAUUAAAUUACAACAUUUUUAUGUUUAGGUGUCAAUUUGAGUUUUUUAUUAUUAUUAUUAUUAUUGUUAUUAUUAUUCUUUAAUACUUGCAUCUGUAACAUAGAACUUUACAAAGAAGAUACUGCAGGCCUGUUACUGUACAUUGGAAAUGCUAAGUUGUAAGACUUGUACAUUGUCAUUAAAGGCACAAUAUUUUAGAUUUUUUUUGGUACCAAAAUAUAGACUCUGAAUUUGCACAUAGAUUAAGCAUUAAUAUUUUAUGAAAAUUGGCACACUCCUGUAGUAAUCACUGUAAGAUGUUUGAAGGUGUGUGUGUGUAUAGAAAAGGCAUAUUUAUGCUGUACAUUACCCGAAGUAAGCAAGCUUUUAAUAAAGUAACUCUUUUAUAAAUUAA